UAUAUAUAACUCAAAUAUCGUCCAUUCUUUCUCAUCCAUCUCAAAAUUUGCUACAUACACAUACUCUUAGUUCCACCCAAAAACAAAAACCUAUAUUAUAAUAUUUGAUCAAAAAGUUACUAUAUAUAUAUAAAUUAUUAUAAAAUAGAGGCAAAACGACAGUGAAAAUGGCUAGUACGACGUCGUUGUACGAAGUUCUUGGGCUUUCGAUUGGUGCAAACGGACAUGAGAUCAAAGCAGCUUAUAGAAAACUAGCAAGAGUGUGUCAUCCUGAUGUGGUAGCCUUCGAACAGAAAGAAAUCUCAGCCAACGAGUUCAUGAAAAUCCAUGCAGCUUAUUCCACCUUGUCUGAUCCUCAUAAAAGAGCAAACUAUGAUAAAGAUCUUUUCAACCGAUCACGGCGGCCCUUUGCCUAUUCGGCCUCGCCGGCGGCGGCGGCUUCAGCCAUGUCAUCAUCGAGGUUUUCUAGUAGAAGUUGGGAAACUGAUCAGUGUUGGUAGCAAAUCAGAUUAAUUUAAUUAAGCCUUAUUUUAGUAGCUAGCUAGUUUAGUUUUAAGAGUAAUGUUCAUGUGGAUUAUUGGAUAUGUGUGUAUAUUUAUUUAAUCUAAUUUCUCUUUCAUGUGCACAA